GGGUUGUGUUAUUGGUGGUGGCCUUAUUAUAUAAAGAGAGUAAAGGGAAGUUGGGGUUUUACUUCUUUUGAGAAUUGAUUCGAAUUCGAUACACAAAUUAGAUUUGAUUAAUUUUAGUGCGAGAGAAGAGAGAGAGAGAGAGAGGAAGCCAUUGUUGCUGCUCUUCAAUUUCUUAGCUCCAAUCUCAAUCUCAAUCUCAAUCUCAAUCUCAAUCCCAUCAUUAGAUCGGGUAGAGAAACAUCCCCAAAUUAUAUAUAUACAUCAAUGGAGGAACAGCUUAGCUCUCUGGCUGUAACUCAUCUUCUUCAACACACCCUCAGAAGUCUCUGCAUUCAUGAAAAUUCUCAGUGGGUCUAUGCCGUUUUCUGGCGAAUUCUCCCCAGAAACUAUCCACCUCCCAAGUGGGAUAGCCAAGGAGGAGUUUACGACAGGUCAAGAGGGAACAGGAGGAACUGGAUACUGGUUUGGGAAGAUGGAUUCUGCAAUUUUGCAGCAUCAACAAGCACAGGUGAUCAUCAGGUAAACCCCAGUAUUAGUACUACUGAAUGCCAGGCUGGAUCAUCUUCUUCAUCCUCCAUCAUCUAUCCUCCUCAUGACUACCUUCAUCAUCACCAUCACCAGGGCCUGCAACCUGAGCUCUUCUUCAAAAUGUCCCAUGAAAUCUACAACUAUGGCGAAGGUUUGAUUGGAAAAGUUGCAGCAGAUCAUGGCCAUAAAUGGAUCCAUAAAGAACCCAUUGAUCAAGAAAUCAACUUCUUGUCUGCAUGGCACAACUCCGCUGACUCUCACCCCAGGACUUGGGAAGCCCAGUUCCAGUCUGGUAUCAAGACAAUUGCUUUGAUUGCUGUACGAGAAGGUGUCAUUCAGCUAGGAGCUAUCCACAAGUUGCAGGUGGUUGAGGAUCUGAGCUACGUGGUGAUGCUGAGGAAGAAAUUCAGCUACAUCGAAAGCAUUCCCGGCGUGCUGCUGCCGCAUCCCUCCUCCUCCUCCGCCGCCGCAUACCCAUCCUCGCCGUACAAAUUCAACGACCCUUACGCCGCCGCACCGCCGCCGGCAGAAGCCUGGCCGCCCUACCAGAACCACAACAGCAUCAACAUGAACACAAUCCCGACAAACGAUCAUCAUUACAACAGCAGUUACGACCAUUUUCCGACGAUGAAAAUAACGCCGUCGAUGAGCAGCCUCGAAGCCCUCCUCUCGAAGCUCCCCUCCGUCGUCCCCGCCGGCCAGAAUAAUAAUCCCUACUUGCAAUCCGCGCCGCCGGAGGAUCCAAUCGGAGCCGCCGACGGGAAAAUCGCCAAGGAAGAGUAUCACGACGGCGAUGAUGACGACGACGACAAUAACAGCGCCGCCGCCGGAGGAGAGAGCGGCGGCGCCGCGGCGGCGUACCGCCACCAGCAGCAGCAGCAGCAUUAUGGGUAUCAUCAUGAUUUGAAUGUAAGUAGCAGUAUGGACAAUAAUGGGUGUUAAUUGAUUGUUUGAUUGUUUAAUUAGUACUGUACUUACAGCUUCUUAGGUAGUCUGUGUUCGUUCGAGGAGGAAAAGAUAAUUGAUUUGGUUUAAUUUAUGCAUAGACAGACAGACGACAUUUGAUGGAGACGAUGAUCAAUAUAUAUAUAUAUAUAUAUAUAUAGAGUAUGAUAUAUGUGUGUGUUUGUGUAUCGUUCUGAUUAAUUAAGGGUGUAGUGAUUCUGUGGGGAUUAUUUAAUUUAUUGUAUGUAUUGAGCAACAAACAGAUUGUUUAUUUGGUGUGUGGUUAUGUAUAUUUCAAGAGUAUUUGUUCUGUG